GCUAUGGUACCCACCUACGCGGUUCAGCGGGAUUAAAAAAAUCUGGAUCCGGAUCAUCAUGGCCCCUCCGAUUCGGGGCCUGUCGCGCAAAAAACCGAUCUAGUCUAUAAUAUAAGGAAUUGGUAAAAUAAUAAUACAAAAGUGAAUAUAUUUAUAUAUUGGAUUACUAUACUGACUGCCUAAAUUAUCAACAUAUUACGUACGCACAAGAUUUAAAUUGAUUAUUUUGCUCCCCCAACAAACAUUGUUCCAUUAAGUUGCUCAGCAUAAUGACUAUAAUGAUGGGAUAAACGAGUUUUAAUUUUCCUAUUCUGGUACGAAAAAUCAUGGUGGAUUUAGGAGGUUAUGUAAUCAUUCUGGUGGAAACCAAAGACAAAAAGAUAAAACUUUACGGUUCACCUGCCGAUAACGACAACUUAGAAGUUGGUGACGAAAUUUUGGAAGUCAACGGUAAGACUUUGGACGACGCCAACCAUACUGAAGUCAUCAACCAUAUUCAUCAGUGUAUUAGAUCUAGAACGAUAUGUCUUCGUGUGAAAAGAAGAAGCGGAGCACGUUUAGCAAUAGAUUUGGAUUUGUCGCAGGACAACGUGCAAGAUGCGUUCGUCAUCGCAGUCGAACAGCAGGCCCGCGACCGCCUGGAGCGACUCUCGGCCCUGCGCAAAAUCACUCCGAUCGACAUAACCAAACUUUCCGAACAGUUGAGCCAACAAACGGUGGUAACGUCGGAAGACCUGAACGGUUUCAUCAACAACUCGCCCAUAUACGUCACUUCGUUGACGGCCACCGAAAAUUUAAACAACAACCCCACCGGAAGCAGAUCGGCCGGAGGCGCGACGUCGGUCGUCGCCGUGCACCGGAGCGCCGGCGGCGACAAGUACCGGCCUGCGUUGGUAGGCAACGACGUCCGGCAGGUGCCGGAACAAAUCAGUGCGGUCGCUUUGCUGGCCAAUCACGUCGGACAGCCGGACGAACGGCGCGCGUCGUCGCCGUAUGCCAACGGACGUACCGAACUGCUCAUUGGUGAAGACAAUAAGUUCAAGACGGUUGAAAACAAUAACAAUAAGCUCAAUAUUGAAAACGAUAUACAAUUGAGGUCUCGUAGACGUUCCGGUAGUAGUUUGGUGGUACUAGACUCGGAACUACAAGAACCAGUGAAAAAACCACUUGACGACACUGUGGACCCUUUGGACAUGGUAAUGGUGGUAUCGCCGGGUACCGAAGACGGUCAACCCCAUCGCGAGAUGGCGGUGGACGUACCGGAAAGUUUCGUGGCCCGGAACAAAACGCCGCCCCGAUAUCCGCCACCUAAACCCACCCUAACGCCUACAAUAAACGGUUCCGUCAACCAUCACCCUCCAUCGCAAGCCACCCCUCAAGUACCACCCAAACCGGUACCACCGCCCAGAGACCAUUUAAAAAUCGAACCUGAUGGUAGGCUGGUCAACAAGGCGCCGGCGCCCCAGUUACCGGCCAGAAUUGUCAACAACAACAACAUCAAUAAAACAUCGAUUGUUACCGAACCGACCCGGGAACAAUUGGACAGUAUCAAGAAGUACCAGGAACAAAUCCGGAAACGGAAAGAAGAAGAGGAACGAAUUGCGGCCCAAACCGAGUACCUCAACCGAUCAUUACGUGGUUCCCGGAAACUUCAAGCCCUAGAAAGCAAACCUACUGGUACCAUCAAUGAUGCCUACGAAGAUGAACAAGACAGAUCUGAAAGUCCUACAUCAUCAGAAGAAAAAGAACGAGUGCAUGUUGCUUAUGCUUAUGGUGAUUUGGUAGCAGCAGUCCAAAGGUUGCAGCUGCAACUGAAAAAAACCUCUGCAGGUUCGGGGAUAUCGGGUCUAGAAGGCCGAAUAGCUGCAGUACAAUCACUGUUAUUGUCACCCCAAUUUGGCCGCGCCUUAGCAAUCCACAAUAAAAUCCAGUCGGUGCGUCAAAAAAUCACCACCCGACCUCAACCUGUAGCCCAAAAUGUCCUUAGGGAUGCAUUGGACGCACUCACCACUUCCCAAAGCGCCUACGCAGUGGAGUUGGCCAAUAUCUUAACAGGGUAUGAAUUGGAAGCUUUAAUGGCCGCCCACGAUGGGGUAGCGUCCACGGUGCCUUUGGAUUCGGCGCCGGCGUCGCCUCAACAAAUCGAAGUACCGGCAGUGGUACCUUUGAUCAAUACGCGCUAUGGUACCGAUGAUAAUAUCAAGAUUAUUCGGAUUGAGAAAACUACGGAACCUUUAGGAGCUACGGUACGAAACGAAGGAGAUGCAGUUGUCAUAGGUCGGGUAGUUCGAGGUGGAGCGGCAGAAAAGAGCGGCCUCCUACAUGAAGGGGACGAAAUCCUAGAAGUAAAUGGAAUUGAAAUGCGAGGCAAAAGUGUCAACGCAGUCUGUGAUAUCCUCAAAGACAUGGAAGGUUCUCUGACCAUCCUCGUUAUUCCUGCUGGGCAAGCGAGACAAAACAUGUCGCGCGACAUGGUCUUGCAUGUCAGAGCCUUGUUCGACUAUGACCCCGAGGAUGACAUGUAUAUACCUUGCCGGGAAUUGGGCAUUAGUUUUAGAAAAGGAGAUGUUUUACAUGUUAUUAGUCAAGAAGAUCCAAACUGGUGGCAGGCCUAUAGGGAAGGAGAAGAAGAUCAAACCUUGGCUGGAUUAAUACCAUCUUUGUCUUUUCAACAUCAAAGAGAAACAAUGCGAUUGGCUGCAAAUGAAAGAAUUUCAAAGCCCAGUAAAAAAUCUUCAACAUCUACCUUGCUUUGUGGGACUACGUCUAAGAAAAAGAAGAAAAAGGCUGGAGGCGCGUAUGAUGAAGGUGGUUAUCCAAUGUAUACAAACACAGAUGAUUACGAUCCAGAAGAGAUUCUUACAUAUGAAGAAGUUUCACUGUUUUAUCCUAGAGCAGACAAAAAGCGUCCAAUAGUUCUUAUAGGCCCUCCCGAUAUUGGGCGUCACGAGUUAAGACAAAGACUUAUGGAAAACGCUGAAAGAUUUGCAGCAGCAAUUCCCCAUACGUCACGAGCCCGAAAAGAAAACGAAGUCGAUGGCCAAGACUAUCAUUUCAUCACUAGAGCACAAUUUGAAGCAGACAUUUUAUCCAGAAAGUUUGUGGAGCAUGGUGAAUAUGAAAAGGCCUACUAUGGUACUUCUCUAGAUGCUAUAAGAUCAGUAGUGAAUUCAGGCAAAAUUUGCGUACUCAAUUUGCAUCCUCAAAGCUUAAAAAUCUUAAGAACUUCGGAUUUGAAGCCUUAUGUUGUAUUUGUGGCUCCGCCUAAUUUGGAAAACUUAAAAAUCAAAAAGGAUCGGCUAGGAGAAUCCUAUAAGGAAGAAGAUCUAGUAGACAUUAUCGAUAAGGCACGCGAAAUGGAAAACAAAUAUGGCCACUUUUUCGAUAUGAUUAUUAUAAAUAACGAUACGGAAAGGGCCUACCACGAUUUGCUUUGUGAGAUAAACAGCCUGGAACGAGAACCACAAUGGGUACCGGCCGCCUGGAUCAAGUCCACGUAGGGAAUACUAAAAAGCUAGAAUCGUGACUGAAUCUAGCUUUAGAAGCUCAUAUAAUAAUUAAUAAUUGAAGAAGUCUGAUUUCUUUCGAUUUUAGUAAGAGAGGUGAUAUAAAGGUCGGUGUAAUAACUAUAGUCUCUAGUCGCGUGAAAAAAAAAAGUUGAUUUAUCGAUUAGUUUUUAAGGGAAUGGUGCUAGUCUCCCUCUGCCUGUGGACAAAAUAUAAAAAUGGGAAAAAUAAUUUGAAAAACAUUCACCGGCCUGCAAUAAAUAACUUAGUAAAGUCCGUUCAUAGACUUCUAGUGCGUGAUCUGCCAAAUAUAUUUAUGAAUGGACUAUAGAGUAAAAUUUUUAAUUAUGUAUGUGGAUCGUACUAUAGAAACAAAAUUAGUUUUACGAUUUUAGACUGAAAAAAAAAAUAAAAAUGCGUGAAUUUUAAACAAACAAAAAAAAACCUUAGUGCCAAAUCAAGAGUUUUAGACAUUUGUAGCCCUAUAUAGAAAUUACAUAGGCAGGCCGGUUAUUUUUUUUUUUGGACCAUACAUGUACCUACCUUUCUCCCAUCCAGCAUUUGUUGGUCCAAAAUUUGUUAAUUUAUUAUUAGUGUACAGUUUUAUAAAGUGGAAAUCGACGCAGGAACAACAACAACAACAACAGUCCCAUAAUAUCUUUCUUCCAAGCAAUAAUUUCUUUGUUCCGGCGUCGGUUUUAUUUUAAAUAAUACAAUCUGAAGUCUUUUUUUUUAAAUUUAUUUAUUGUAUAUAAAAAUAGAUGUAUAUAAUGUAUUUAAUUCGGACCCUAUGGCGUUCAUAUUAAAUAUUAAUCUGUAAAUUGUUUUACCUAUAUAUAUAUUUUAAAAUCAUAUUAUACAGGGUGUCCUCGUUCAAUUGGUCAAAAAUGCUAGGGUAGGUAUAUAAAUUUAAAACACAACACAUAUGUUGCAAGUCCGUCCUUGGACAAAACAAAUCAACUACAAUUCUUUAAAAAGUUGCAUUUUUUUAUAAAAUUUCAACACCUUGUAUUUUGAAAACGUCACACUUCUAAAUCUCAUAGAACGUCUCUAUGGUUCCUAGCCUUCUUGACCAGUUAAACGGGGACACCCUGUAUACCUUUUAAUGUGUGACUUCAGAGGUUUUUUAUUUUAUUUUAAUUUUUAAAUUAUAUUUUAUUAUUUGUAAUAUGCCAUUUUUAUUACAAAGUAAAAAUUGUUUCAAAUUUCAAAUCAAUAAAAACUUUCUCAUUA